CCAAUAGAUCAUAAUACGGCAGUCGUUCCUUCAAGAACACGGCAGUCGCUCUUUCAAGAAUACAGCAUUCACUCCUACAAGCUUACUCACACCCCUCUCCUCGCGAUCCGGCCAACCACCAUCCCAUCUCGAAGUUCAGCAUUCGAAAUGCCCACGCAAGCCGUCCCCCCAGCCACUGGCUCAGACGCCAAACCACCACCCACCGCCGCUCUCCCCCACUCCCUCGCAAAGUUCAAGCAGCGCUCUCACGACACCCACCACGCCGUCCACAUCCCCGAACUCACUCUCCGCCUGGCCUUGGACCCCCACCCCGCUCCACCACUACCCACACCCCCACUCCCCACCGACGCCGACGCCGACGCGGACGCCCCGCUCCCGAACCUCCUCAACACCCAGCCCAUCCACGCCGUGUACCUAGGCAACUCGAUGCUCGAGCGCCUCAAAACCACCGGCCUCGGGACGCGCCUCGGGGCCUUGAGCGAGUCGGGCGUAGCCUUCAACGCCGGCGUGGGCGGCGACAAGAACGAGUCCGUGCUGUACCGGCUCGCGCAGGGUCUGGGCAGCGUGCUGAGCGCCGCGCAGGCAAGGGGCGACGGGCGGUGCGAUAUCAAGCUGUGGGUUCUGUGCUCGGGGACGAACAAUCUGCAUGCGAAGCGGGGGCUGAGGGAGGGUGAUGUGGCGAGUUGGAAGGCGUUGCUUGAUGCGUGUUUGGAGAUUGCGCCGCGCUCGGUGGUGUUGGCGUGUGAUGUGUUCUAUCGCAAGGAUAUUGCUGAUGAGGUCACGGAGCGGGCGAACGAGAAGCUGAAGCAGGUUGUUGAGGAGUGCGAGGCGAAGGCGAGGGUGGUGUGGGUUGAAGCGCGGCAGAAGAUCGCGAAGGAGAUGCUGGUUGACCACGUGCAUAUGGACGAGAAGGGGUAUGAAGUCUGGGACGGAGUCUUGUGGCCAUAUGUCGAGGCCGUGCUGGCGAGAGCUGAGACAAGAGAUGAAGGGGAGCUGCAAUAGACAUCCAUAGUAGAGACAUUGUUUUGACGAGGAAAACCUGUGUUCGCCAUUGUACUUCAGCAACGACAGUCUUCACAACUAGCACAAUCAUGAUCAGUCCGAGUCAGUGUCGUGAUAGAGAUAUGAAUAACUUUUCCAAUAAGUAUUAUACAAUCAAUCCGUGAAAACGCUCUAUGCCGCAGAA